UUAUGUAGUGAUCGCCGGUGUGGAUAAAGCAAUUGAACGAUCAAUGAGUUACAAUCACGUCAACAGUCUCUCCCAUAAUUGAUCAUAAUCAAUGAAAUUCCCACAAUUGUUUAAAUCAUCGUGAAAAAUCAGGUGACAUGAUAAAAGGAGAUAAGCCAAAAGUCUGGCCACAAUGGAUUGCUGCAGCGAUAGUGUACAUUCUUUCUAUGCUGACUGGUCUAGUGGCUGGCUGGACAUCACCAUACCUAGCCAAAUUAACGACAGGCUCUGAAACCCUGACCAUCACGAACGACGAAGGAUCAUGGAUCGCUUCCUUGUUCCACCUCUCCCGGCCCAUCGGCUCCAUAAUAGGAGCAGUGACAGUUCACAAAUUUGGCACCAAACACACGGUUUUCAUCGCUGGAUUUCCAUUCGGAAUCGCCUGGAUUUUCUUCCUCAUCAGGGAAUCAGUCCCGUGGAUUUACGCAUCAAGAGUGUCCAGUGGUGUGGCCAUGGGUCUGUACCUGGGUGCAUUCCCUCUGUACAUCGGUGAAAUAGGAAAUCCUAAAAUUCGAGGUGCACUUGUCGGUCUAGUCUCCUACGGUUCAGCAAUUGGAUAUCUAAUGGGCAAUCUACUGGGUGCAUACAUCAGUAUGAGAAAUUUUUCUAUUAUCAAUCUCGUGCUGAGCAUCUUCUUCUUGGUUUCCUUUUUAUAUUUUCCGAGUACAGCGCACUAUUUCGUUAAGAAAAAUAAUAUGGAUGAGGCGGAGAAGUCAUUGAAGUGGUACAAUCGUCAGAGGGAUGUGGCCAUUGAGCUGGAGUCGUUGAAGAUGUACAUCGGGAAGCCCCAGAAAUUGACCCUGAAGGAGUCAUUCAAGCAAUGGACAACACCUCUCAAUCGGAAAACAUUGUUCAUGGUGAUCUGCGUUUAUCUCUUCAUGCAACUCAGUGGUCUGUACACAAUUGCGAUGUACUUAGAAAUACUCUUGACAAAACUAAAAAUUGAUGUUAUAGCUCCAUCAUUAGUUGUUGUAGCUAUAGGUAUUGUUGCAAUAAUUGGGGGUUGUGUUGCUAUUUACACGAAUGAUCAUUGCGGAAGACGAACGAUGCUAGCUGCAUCCACGUUAGGAGUCUCCAUAAAUUUUGCACUCAUAGGAGUGAAUUAUCUUCUCGCUGGGCAUGGGUAUGAUCUUGACAAUUAUCAGUGGUACAUUAUCGCGGAAUUUAUGGCGUACAUAUUUUUCCUCAAUAUCGGGCUCACGCACAUUCCCAAUUGUCUCUUGAGUGAGAUAUUCUCACCGGAGCUCAAGGAAAUUGGUACAUGCAUUGUAAAUAUUGUUUGCGCUUGUUCGGCAUUCCUCGCGAGCAAAAGUUAUCAGCCCCUUCUGGAUGCCACAUCCGAGGAAUUCAUAUUCUUCUUCUAUGCCUUUCUCGUAUUCUUAAUGUUUCUUUAUACUAUAAUAGUUAUUCCGGAGACGAAGGGCAAGUCUCUUCAAGAAAUUCAGGACAUGCUGAUGAAGAGGGACAAAACAGUGGAGCCUGUGCAAAUUUAUCGGACUACUAAUGAUUGAUAAAGAUUUAUCGUUAUUCGGUGGAUGAUCAUUUUUAAUGUGGAGGAUUAAUAUCUCGUGGUUUUUCUCGUUGGGACGAGUGAUUAGUCGUGAUUUAUGAUAGUGUCGUGGGAAGUGAUUCUUCCGGCAUUGAAAGUCAGUCAUUUUGUGGAAAUAAUUAAAUUAUGACAUUCUUUAAACGUCUAUUAUUUCUAUCCUUGAACAUCUAUUUCGCAAAACAUUAGCCAGUAAAUAUUUCUGGAAGAAUAACAUGUGUGUCAUGCUCAGCACCGCUGCAAUUUUUUUUUUUUCAAUACUAGUGUUUUGUUAAACAUCCGUGCAAUAAGUCGUAAUUUCGUUGCCAGAUUGUCUUGAAUUUAUUAUAAAACUCGUCUGUUCAAGCGGAUUUUUUUCCUCUAUCCAUAAAUUAUAGAAUCAUCUGCCAUUCUAUCAGACAAUUUAUAUUCAGAAAAAUAUCAUUCAUUGUUGGGAAAAUGAUUCUCAUUAAUUCAAUCGUCCCGUUAACCACUGAAAUUAAUACCCGAGUCCAGAGAUAAUGUGACAGGGAAAUAUUAUGUACAAUCAUCAAGAUAAAAUAAAAUAAAAAUGUUGUAAAAUCCUUCAA